AUAACUGAUAUCUGAAUAACAAGAAAGGGUUAUCAGCAAAGAAGAGGACUAAAGAAUGAUUUUCUCUGGAGUCAUGUUUUCUCUUAUCAUGUUUCUGCUUUCUGACAAAGCUCAUUGCAGAAAAGUUGACUGCAAAUCUGAGUGCUGCUCUUUGGUAGAAGGUUUUCCUGUGAGGCUGAAGGAGCUCCGUUCGUCAUAUAGUGAAAUACAGAAUUUUUAUCAGUCAACUGACGACUUAGGUGCAUUAAUAGACGAUACUGUGGAACACAGCAUAAAUAGUCCUUACGGGUGUCAUGCCAUGAACGAAAUACUGCGCUUCUACUUGGAGACCGUCCUGCCUAAAGCUGUCAAGAAGAACCAAUUCAAAACACCCAUCGACUCCAUUGGGAAUAUAUUCCAGGAGCUCAAGAGGGAUAUGCUGAAAUGCAGGAAUUACUUUUCAUGUCAAAAGCCUUUUGAGAUCUCCAACAUAAAGAACUCGUAUGAAAAGUUAGAAGGAAAGGGCGUUGACAAAGCCAUGGGAGAGCUUGAUUUGCUGUUCAAUUACAUUGAAAAAUAUCUGGCAUCAAAGAGAGUCAAGCACUACUAGGAUGGACUCUGGAUUGUACUUGAAUCAAGUCUGAAUACUCUGAUUAUGAAGAAUGCACAAUGAAAAACAGCUUCACAGUAUACAGGCACAGAUAGCCAUAUGCAAAUUGCCUUUAACUUAUUUAUUGCCUACACCUCACCAUUAAAUCACACUACUUUAUGCUGCACUGCAAUGCCUCUUUGAGUCUUCAGUUUCAGAAGUUCUGGAAAGUGUUACCAUGGCAAUAUUUUAGAUCAAACAAAAAGUGUUAUUAUAAAUCAAGUGUUAUUUGAGUCAUAUUGACCAGUGUUAUUCUGACAAUUAGUUGCAUUUUGCCAACUUAAUGAAAUUACUU